CGGUCCGCCGGUCCUAUGGGGAAACACGUGAAUUAUACUGUUCCCCGGUCACGUAUUCAAAUAGCCCACUAGCCGGUCUACACACAGUCAGCCAUGUCCACCAUCGCGUCCCAGGUCGUAUUCCAUCCAGCUGUCUCUCAGUCCCUCAAAUUUGGUACCACCACUCUUGGAAGGGACAAGACCUACCGCGCCGUCCAAUAUUUCGCCAGGUUCUACACAUGGUACCUUCUUUCUCGUGGCGAAAAGGAUGCUGCAGUUCCUUGGAAUGCUCUUAAAACUCAUCUUGGGACUGCUCGCAAACUCCUUCGAUUGGGAAAGCCUAUGGAGCAUUUGCAGGCAGCCCUUCGUGCAGUCCUCUCCUCUUCUUCGGCACCCGAACAAAUAACAGCCAUUGCUCGGCAAUUGGCUUACUUUGGGUACCUGUCCCUCGACGGGUUGGUCUGGGCCAGCUCCAUAAAAUUCGCCCAGUUCAAACCUGAAACUGCUCAAAAGAUACAGAGACUCUCAAACAGGUUUUGGUUUACCGGAAUUGUUUUCGGUCUGCUUAAUGGGAUAAUCAAGAUGCUCCGUAUACAUAAGGAGUUGUCGGCUUUGAAGGUCAAGUCUAUCGGGGACAAGGAUCUUGGUACUGAAGCCGACUACUCUACAAGGGCCACAGCUCUAAAGGCUUCACGCGCAGCUACCCUUUAUCAGCUUACCCUCGACUCGCUCGAUGUUUGGAUUCCCGCGACCGGACUUGGCUUGACGAAUCUCAAUGAUGGUGUAUUGGGUAUCUUUGGACUGAUUACUUCGUUGAUGGCAGCUAGAAAACAGUGGAAUUCCCUCAACGGAAAGAAGUGAUUUGUGGCCGUCUCGUAUGUUGUAUAAAUUAAGAUAAUCGCAUGAGGUUCCUCGUGAAAAAUGUGUAAGAGAUGCAAGCGCGGAAGGGCAUGGUUUUUUGCUACGAUGUUGAGGUUUGGUCAAAUUGUUGGCGUUUUUCUUCCUGCCGCUGGUUUCGCAAUUUGAGAUACUCCCCGCGGACGACGUCCAUGGACUCUGGUCCAGUGCUGCGAAACAAACAUUACUCAAAGGAAUAGUGCCAAAGAAAAAGUACCGACUAUUGAAUCAUGCACUUUUCGACUACCCUCAGCUUGUCUUUACAGGCCCAAGCCA